AUGUCUAAUUAUUCUUGCUAAUUUUGCUACAAGAGAACAACUCUAGGAUAUAUCAAAAACUAUUUCCCUUGUGAAAUCAAUUUACAUAAAAUGAUUAGACACACUUUAUAUCAUAAAUACGCAACUUCACAAAAUUAUUAUUAUACAAAAGACAUAAAUGAAAUAUUAUCUAAAACUUCUAGUGCCAGAACUAUUCUGUAUAAUGUAAAAUAUUCAAAUCUAUCAUAAGGAUAAUAUAUGUUAUGAUGAAGAAGAUGAAUAUAUAAAAAGAUUUUAUGAAAUGCACGAAUACCCUUGCAAAUCAAAAUUGCUUACAGAAUUCUAUAAAUUUCAUAAAGAUUUACCAAGAUGGGUGUUAAAACAUCCUAUUCUAAAAAUUCUUAAUUAUUAUUACGAUAAACGAAGAAAAAUUGAAUUUUACAAAAUUUAAAGAUAAAUUGAAAUUGAAAAUUAGAUGAACCCAUCUGAUCCACCUAAAGGAAUAGUAGGUGAUAAACCUUUACUUAGUGAUUCUACACCUUAAUCUGAAAACUCUGAACCAUAAUCUAAAGUUAAUGUAGAUAACAUCUUAAAGGAAAUAAGUUUUUCUAAUAAGAAACCUUUACCCUCCUAAGAAAUUAGUCAUAUUUUAAAAGUACCUGAAUCACCUCCUUUAGGUGAAAUAUAAUAAAUGAUUAAUUUACUCAAUCUUAAAUCUGAUUCUCCAAAUUAAAAGCAAUAAUAUUAAUGGUUUAAAAAAAAGAAAACACAAAGUAAAAAAUCUCUAAAAUUGGAUGAAUUAGCCUUAUCUUUAUCUGCUAGAACUCAUUAAAAUCCUUAAGAAGCAAAAAUGCCUUUAUCAGCCAGAUAUUAAUAAUCCUAUUCAAAUAAAUUAAUUGAUUAAAGUAUUCUAUAUUAAAAUAUUUAGUCUAAGCUAAACUUUACAAUAAACAUUCAUAAACCAUUUCAAGAGACAAAAUCUUAGAUUUUAAAUAAAAUAAAGAAUAAUUCAUGUAAGAAAUAUAUUUUACCCUAAUAGUAAAAAAUUCAAAUUAGAAGAUAGAAAUAAAAAAAGCAAUUCUCCAAAAAAAGUUGAUUAAAAUAAAGCAAUUCAAGAAAUUAAAUAACUUGAAUUAAAAAUAAUAAAAAGUCUUUAAGAAAUGAAGAAUAUUAAAAGUAAUAAUUUAUCAAAUCAUGAAUCAAAAUAAGCUACAUCUUAAAACUAAAACAAUAAUAAUAAUUAAAUAUUAUCUUUGGAUUAAAAAGCCUUAUAUUAAAUAUUGAAAAUUCCUGAUUCGUUUAGACAAUUAAAUUUUAAUAAAGUUCAAAAUAAGAAUAAUUCUAAAAAAUCUCAUGAAUAGAAUUAACGUUAAUAAAAAAAUAAUAAUUCAUCUUAGAAUUAGAAAUAAGUAUAAAUAUUAGAUAUGAAAAAAUUAAUAUCAAAUAAAAAAGAUAUUGCCCCAAAAACUGAAAGAGUAAAAAAGACAAUUCCAUCUCUAAACUUAAAUCUUAUUGGAGCUAUAAAUUAAUCGACUUCAAUGACAACAAGAAAUAAUAGCUUUACUCCAAGUCUAGCUUAUGCACAAUUAUUAACACCAAAAUAAAAUUAAACAAAUAUAUACAAUGAAAAUAACAUUAAUAAUUGGCAACUAUCAAAUACUAAUAAUGUUGCAAUUAGAGAAAAUAAUAAUAUAUAAAAAUGA